AAACUUUCGGCAGGGACAUAUGCAGGAUGCUACCCUCCACAGCAUGGCCUUUCGCUCCAGAUCAAAACUCAUAACCUACAACGCAUAUUUGACCCAAAUUAACCGGAGAGAUUAUAGCUUCAAAGGUUUCCUUUUUCCAAGCUACACCGACGGUGCUUUAGCUAACAAACAGCAGAGACCUGAGGACACCAUCCAACCUGGAACUGAGCUGCCAGGCUUGAAAGGACAGACCAGAUACAACUUCCAUUAGCACCGAGGUGUGAAGUAAAAGGUGUCGAGGCCUUUGGGCCCAACAAGUGGCAGGAGUCUUUGACGCGCCCUUUUAAGCGCCCUCCUGUUUAAGACCAUUCACUGGCAUUUUCUACAAGAAUUCUGCCUCCAGAAAUAUAAGCUUCCCCAAGUGGGUGUGACACCUACUCCCAUUACCUGCUGCACUGCUGCUUGGAUCUGUUCUGGCGAUCUGUUCACCGUCUGCCCUGGCCUGUCUCCCCCUGUCUGGUACAGGAAAGGUUAAGUGUUAAAGCUGCUGCUGAGGGGGAAGCUGGCCAUGUCACGGGUUCCUACCCCUCCUCCACCAGGAGACAUGUCUACUGGACCUGUGGCAGAGAGCUGGUGUUACACACAGGUGAAAGUAGUCAAGUUCUCCUACAUGUGGACCAUCAACAACUUCAGUUUCUGUAGAGAGGAGAUGGGGGAGGUCUUAAAGAGUUCCACCUUCUCCUCUGGACCCAACGACAAGAUGAAAUGGUGUCUGAGAGUCAACCCAAAAGGACUGGAUGAUGAAAGCAAAGAUUAUCUGUCGUUGUAUUUACUUCUUGUUAGUUGUCCAAAAAGUGAAGUCAGAGCAAAGUUCAAGUUUUCCUUAUUGAACACUAAAAGAGAAGAGACUAAAGCUAUGGAAAGCCAAAGAGCCUAUCGGUUUGUCCAGGGGAAAGACUGGGGCUUCAAAAAGUUUAUUAGAAGAGAUUUCCUGCUUGAUGAAGCCAAUGGGCUGUUACCUGAUGACAAACUCACCCUGUUCUGUGAGGUGAGUGUGGUGCAGGACUCUGUGAACAUCUCUGGCCAGUCCAACAUGAACAUGCUGAAGGUACCAGAGUGUCAGCUGUCAGACGACCUGGGGAACCUGUGGCAGUGUUCCCGCUUCACUGACUGUUCCCUCUAUGUGGGGGGGCAGGAGUUCAAGGCACACAAAUCCAUCCUGGCAGCAAGAUCCCCCGUCUUUAACGCCAUGUUUGAACAUGAGAUGGAGGAGAGUAAAAAGAACCGUGUGGACAUCAGUGAUGUGGAGCCAGACGUGUUUAAGGAGAUGAUGGGAUUCAUCUACACAGGGAAAGCUCCCAACCUGGAGAAGAUGGCCGACAACCUGCUGGCAGCUGCUGACAAAUAUGCCUUGGAGCGUUUAAAGGUGAUGUGUGAAGAGGCUCUGUGCACCAGCCUCUCUGUGGAGAACGUGGCUGAUACCCUGAUCCUGGCGGACUUACACAGUGCCGAGCAGCUCAAAGCACAAGCCAUAGAUUUUAUCAACAGGUGCAGCGUCCUCCGACAGCUGGGCUGUAAAGAUGGGAAACACUGGAAUAGCAGUCAUGCCACGGACAUAAUGGAGACGGCAGGCUGGAAGUCAAUGAUCCAGUCCCACCCUCACUUAGUGGCCGAGGCCUUCAGAGCCUUGGCAUCGGCACAGUGCCCGCCCUUCGGCCUGCCGAGGAAACGCCUAAAACAGUCCUGACUGCUACAGACCUCUGAUCCAGACAGAGAGCUGAGGCAGCCCACUGAUCCAGACAGAGAGUUGAGGCAGCCCACUGAUCCAGACAGAGGGCUGAGGCAGCCCACUGAUCCAGACUGAGAGCUGAGGCAGCCCUCUGAUCCAGACUGAGAGCUGAGGCAGCCCUCUGAUCCAGACUGAGAGCUGAGGCAGCCCUCUGAUCCAGACUGAGAGCUGAGGCAGCCCUCUGAUCCAGACUGAGAGCUGAGGCAGCCCACUGAUCCAGACUGAGAGCUGAGGCAGCCCACUGAUCCAGACUGAGAGCUGAGACUGCAGCCCUCUGAUCCAGACUGAGAGCUGAGGCAGCCCUCUGAUCCAGACUGAGAGCUGAGGCAGCCCACUGAUCCAGACUGAGAGCUGAGGCAGCCCUCUGAUCCAGACUGAGAGCUGAGGCAGCCCUCUGAUCCAGACUGAGAGCUGAGGCAGCCCACUGAUCCAAAAAGAGCUGAGACACCAUGGGGACACAGGACUAUGAAGAAGAGAUCCCCCCAGUCCCCUCAUAGACUGUCCGUCUCAUCCUAUUGGUUUCUAUCUGAACAGGCCUGGUAGCAUGGGAGACUGACUCCAACUGGUAGAAAGUAAUGUUUGCUUUUGGUCCUCAAGUUUUGUUGCUAUUUUUCUGUAAUUUCAAAUGGCCUUAAUCUAUCUGCCAUUGGAGCUGAUCCACUGUGUUCUCUCUAUUUGACUCUGUACCUGCCCCGUCCCACAGACCAGGCUGCCCCGUCCCACAGACCAGGCUGCCCCGUCCCACAGACCAGGCUGCCCCGUCCCACAGACCAGGCUGCCCCGUCCCACAGACCAGGCUGCCCCGUCCCACAGACCAGGCUGCCCCGUCCCACAGACCAGGCUGCCCCCCACAGUCCCACAGACCAGGCUGCCCCGUCCCA